UUUAGUUGUAAAACACUUCAGUAGACGAAACACAAGAGUUACUAGAGAUUGCAAGUUAUAACAAAAUGUGGAAAUAUAGCUUCACGACCAUAAUACUUGGCGCUUUGCUGACGGCGCGCUUGUGCAACGCCGAGUGCAAUGUUUGCAACAACAACGGCGCUGCGUGCAUAUCAAAUACCACCUUUCAACUAUGCUUUAGCGGCGUAGCACAGGGUGCCGUAUAUUCCUGCCCGAAUGCCGGUCAAGUUUGCACCAAUUUGGGUGCGAUUUGUUUCGAUUCCGCCAGCGGUGCAAAUAUUCAAGCCGAUUGUGGCAACACAGAACAAUGUGGACUCUGCACUGGUGUUGCCGAUGGCAGUUACGCAUGCACCAGCCACAACACGUUUGUCAUGUGUCAAGGUGGAGAACCAUCAAGCAUACAUUCCACCUGUCCCAGCGAUGACGUUUGUUUAACUUCCCGUGCGAAUGAUGGUGUCAGUCCUUGCGUCAGUCAGUGUUUGACUAAUAUUGCGGAUAUGUGCGAUAUUAUAUCUCCGGAUGCCACAACUGCCACGCCCACAACGGGAACAACUGAGAGUAGUUCCGGUGUGGAGCCAACCGUGUGCAGUAGUCAAACUGCAGUAGGUCGCUACCCGAAUCCGAAUGACGCCACAUGUCGAACAUAUAUCUACUGCAGUGUACGUUCAAGUGGUAGUUUAGUUGGUAUUCUGAUGACUUGCCCUGGCACAACAUACUUUAAUUCAAGUGCAAUUGAAUGUCAAGCUGCUCUGCCAGCGGGUUGUACUCAGUUAUCAACCCAAGCAAGUUUAACGACACCGUUAGUGUGCCAAAGAGACCAGUUCAACAUGUUUAAAAGUGUGCUUUUCGCCGUGUAUGUUAUCAUACUGACACUCCAGGAAAGCGCCGCGAUUUGUUACAACUGCAAUAGCAAUGGCGUCGCCUGCGCCAGCAACAAAACAUUUCAUCUUUGUUUCGGCGGUUUGCCAAAUUUAGGCGAAGAAUUCAGCUGCCCGAAUGAGGAAGAGGUCUGCACCGCACUGGGUCCAAUUUGUAUGGAUCCCAGCAGCAAUCCCAAUAUAGAAGUCGCCUGCGGCAACACCAAGCAAUGCGGUCAGUGCGCCGAUGUUAUGGAUGGUGGCUUCACCUGCACCAGCCGAACCACAUUCACCAUGUGCAUGGGAUAUGCGCUGACCGAUAUACGCGCAUCCUGUCCCACAGGUCAAGUAUGUCGCACAUCGGUGGCGCAGACCGGUAAAGUGCCAUGCGUAAAUGAAUGCCUAACGAAUUCCAAUGAUAUGUGUGAUGUAAGUGUGGCUGUGGAUGCGCCACCAAGCAGUGAGUCAGCUGAAACAACGGUUAUUAUACAACCCACACCACCAGUGGAUACAACUACAACAACCGCAAUCAUAAAACCUACACCUGGAAUAAACACAACUACAACACAACCAGGGACCAUCGCAGUACCGUCUGCUACUUCUACUACAGUUUCAACAAAUGAUGCAACAAGUGUGGCACCCACGACCAGUCCAUCACCAGUGGAGUUCUGUGCAAGUCAAACACUUGUUGGCCGUUAUUCGAAUCCCGCUGACAACAGUUGUACCACCUACUUGUAUUGCUCAAGCUCGGGUUCUGGCUCGGGCCUUACCGCGCUCAUAAUGCAGUGUCCUGUUGGUCGAUUUUUUAAUGCGGAAUUAAGAAAUUGUCAAACUAUUAAACCAAAUAACUGUGUUUAA